UAACGAACCACGUGCAAUUUUUUUUCGCGCGCUAACGGGCGCCAUUAUAUGCAUUCUUUCUUGAGUGGAGGCGCGCCGCGUUUUGGGGGCUUUUUGGUCAACCCCAUUAUUUUAAAAAGAAAGCCAUGAGCUGAAUAAAAGUCGAAGUCUUUUUACCUGCAUUCCACCGUCAAACACCAUGAAGUCGAUGGUGAAGAUCAUCGUGCUGUGGAUGUGUCUGUGCAUUCGUCAGAUGACUUGGAUUUCGCAGGGAUCUCAGCUCGGUGUAGUCGUUCCAGACAAGACGACCGAUGGGUUGUUUGGCGACAUGGGCCGGGCAAGGAUCAGGAAAUUCACGGUGAACGGUGAGACCGCGGAACUUGAUGUCGUCUUAGAAGAUACCAUCGGUGCAAGAGAACUUUGGCUUCUUGACUUUCAGCCUUACCGCUACAAGACGGUUACUCCCAUCAACCAUCAAACCGGCGAUUUGUGGUCCGGUAGAACCGGCCUGUGCUCCAACAUCGAGGAGAACCUAAGAUGGGGCGAUAAGUACUUUGACGAUGACUUCUUCCAGUCCCACAACAGCUCUGGUGUCAAGAAUCUUUUCUCUGAGUAUCUCCGAGGAGGUGAUAAUACAACUUCCGGGAUUCGUCUUGAUGAGAUCCGUUAUGACGGCAAUCUCGACACCUUCAUUUACUGCGAGAGGUCGGAUGGGUCCAAUAUUUGGGAUUUUAGCAUCCAUUUUGAGGAGAUUCAGUACACCACCGUCCUUUACGCUACCAACAUACGCCCUGUACCUGAUUGGUCCCCAGGGGGCGCUGUUCACGUCCCUGCAGUGGCUUACGUUCAGACGCACAUUAAACUUGUGUGGAGGCUGUCACGAAUUGCAAUGGUCAAUUUUGUGGUGAGUUCUGUCCCAAUUGUAAGUGACCGACUCAUAGACGAGAUCGGUCAGCUCUUGGUUUUAUUUGACUUUGCCAUCGUCGAGCCAUUUCUCCUGAGCGACGGCACACCGGACCUGUCGCGUGCUCGUCUGCAGAUGGGCUUCUCAACACAGCUGCCGGCCAGGAAUCGUUCCAUGGUCGUCUUCCAAAAUGGAACCGAGAUCUACGAACCUGAAGUCCAGGGGAACUCUUUGGAAGAAGUUGUUAGUUGGCCUCCCGCCACGUUGGAAAAAACCUCGCUAUGUAAUCUCCGUCAGCCCAAGUAUUGUCUACAAUCCUGGGAAUUUGAGAUGGUUUUGAAGAUGGAUAUCUCAGCCUUGGUGCAGGAGCUUCCCUUGGAUGCUACUGGUGUCUUCCAGUUCAACUUUGACUCUUACAUAUGCCAGACUCUGAACACGACUGAGGGUUGUAAUAUGACUAGUGAUCUACCACCGUGGGAAGUGAGGAUUGAUUUGACACUCCAGACAACUGUGGACGCAGUGGAUGAACAGAAGGAUAGCGUCACGCUGUCGAUUGUCAAGCUAGCCAAUGAUAGAGGGGAGGAUAUGCGAGGCGGCAGGACAAUCAAUCACAUGGAGAAUAUCACUGUAGAAGUCCGAUUCUACCCAGCGUUCUUACGGUCUAGUUACACCCUUGAGCUACAGCUCUUUAUGGUCUGCAUCGGAGAUCAACACAUGGACUCUUCCAGGGGUUGUCUUGGAGCCAGGGAAGAGGACAGGUACUCCGCCUUUGUCGGUGAGGAUCUCAGUUACACCUUUGACCCUGCUGAGGAGCCGGAAUACCAGGCCAUGCUCCUGCCAACUGAUGCACCAUCAGAAGAUGAAGUCGGUGAAAGUUUCAAAACAGUGGUUCCACCAACACCUGUCCCGCAAACAUACACAGUUGAGAAAGUUUUGAGCCAGGAGUAUAUCAUUUUGACUGGAGUGGUCGCUGACAGUGUCUACAUCCGACCUCAUCAUGAUUCUACCAUCAGCACCUCUCUAGGGAGUUCUACGUCAUCCCUUUAUUUCCUUCAAGAUGACACAGGUGAUGCAAGCUUGGCCGUGCUGUAUAUGAUUGAGCCCUUGUCCUCAUCAAGUCCUCCGACUUUACAGCCGACAUUUAUCGUAGACGACCCUGCCUUCCAGUUGCACUUUGCUCCUCAUUUGGACCAGUACCACAUCCUCGAGACGGUUCUGACGAGAACUGACGCCAGCUUGGAUUCAGAUCUCCAAACUGUCUACUCAGCAUUCACUAGCCAGCCUGAGGUCCUUUCGUAUGUGGGGCCUACAGACCCAGUCAACCUCCACUGUGAAGAUUUUGAUACCGAGAGGCACUAUCGGUACCAUUAUCAACCAGACUGGGUGGAUUUGUCAUCUCGCACCUGUCAGUUUUUGCAGGAGUUGACUAACUUGAGGGACCUCGUUCAAGAGAUAGUCGCAACCAGUCAGGAUGUGUCUCUGUCAGUGGAGACUCUUCGUUUGCUACAAGUCUUACAUCUGGAACCCAGUUAUUUCCGAAAACUCCUUGAGUUUCAAGAAAACUCGGACUUGAAGAGCGUUGAUACGGCCCUGUAUAGCAUUCUGCUGUUUCAAGAUGAAGAAAUCAUUCGGGGGUUUGAGCCCUCUGGAUUCCUGAGCAAUUUAAGAGACAGGGUGCAGUACUUUGCCGAUAGGGUUCAUAGUUUCAGCGAUUAUGUCAUCGAAUCAGUUGAGCGAUUGAAUACAAAUGACAAUGUCCAGUUGACAGAAGUGCUACAGAUAGUUUCAGAACUCACGAAGAACGAGAGAGAAGACUCAGAAAGCUUUUCAUCGGAAUCUUCGGACAGUUUGGAUGAAGACUACUGGCAGAGCUUGGCGGUUGAUGAUUCCUUUUACCGAUUCCUGUGGAGCAUAUGCAGCUUGGGAAGUGGAAUUUACCAAGGAAAUUUCUAUACGACAGAAUCUCGCAAUCCUGAGAUAACUCUAGAGCCUCCCACGUGUCAAAAUGGUCGCUUCUUGGCAGGUUACUCGGAGCAUUGUCGAAUGGACUGGGUGGAAGUGAUUACAUUCUUGGCGUACUCAUCACCUGUCGUUACCACACUGGAGGCGUUGCCGGGAGGGUGGGGUUUCUGGUCGGAGUGGACCGAAUGCGCACAGUCCUGUGGGGGCGGUGUUCGCAACAGACAGAGAGAAUGCAUAGAUACACAGAAUGGAUGCAGCGGCCAGAGCAGCCAAACUAGUUCAUGCAACAGAGAAGACUGUGAUCUCUACGACAGUGAGGGGUUCCGUCUAGUGUUCAAAGCGACACAGCACACUGGGUAUAGCAUCUAUGAUUUCUGGGCUUCGUCAGACUACACCUCGGAUUCGGCAGUCAACUCGGACCUGUACAAGAGCAGCUUGGUAGAAGAAUGGGCAGACUCCAUCACUGUAGAGAAGGUGAAGGUAGUCCUGUGGUACCAGAGUCGUCAGCCACUUCUAGAGCUAACCUUUGAUGGUACAGACUCCAACAAGAUGGAUUGGUUUAGCGACAAUCGUCUGAUAUCCUCUCCUUUUGAAGACAUCAGCAGGAGCAGCAAGAAUUUCUUUAGCAUAGAAGGCCAUGGCAAUCUUGGACGUCGUUUCUUCAUCAGCCAUUGGUAUAAGGGUUGUGGUCAUCAGUUGGGCUGGCUGGUCGUGCUCGACGGUGGGCAGCACGACCAUCCAUGUCCGUGGGAAAGACACCAUUCCUACCCGGCCUUCUACUAUAGCAAGCUCAACACUAUGACCAACUUCAAAAGAGGGCAGCUUGGCUCUGCUGAAGAAUUUGCCAUCUUCAUAAAAUAUUCCAAAUCAGUCUAUAUUCCUCCUCCUGCCACCUUGCCCCCACCCGUCACCUACACAAGAGACGUGAUCUCACCCCCGCCUCCUGGCAGUGCACUUCGCCUGGAGGAAUAUGACCGAGAGAAAAAUGUGCAUCGAAGUCAGCUCCAGAAUACUGUCUUAUCCCAGGAGAGGAAUUCGUACACCAUGACGACAAUAUACACGCUAGUGAGCACCGAUGAUGAGAGAACCAGGCGAGAUGGGCACCGGGCGAAACGAACGCUGAUCGCUUCGACAAAACUACCCCAGCUCCGGAGUGUUGGGUUUAUUUCUGAAGGUUGCCCACAAGGGUCAAAGUUCAAUGCUAUUGACCUAACAUGUGAGUGCAUCAAUGAGGAGUGGUUCUACAGCCUGGUGUCAUUCCAGUGUCAGCCUGGCAAAAGGAAUCAGGCACCAGAGAUGGAUGUGGUAGAGAAUAAUGUCACCCCCGAAAAAGGGCCUGCUUCAUCAAGUCCACCCAGAGAUGUUUUGUCAUUGGUCAUUGCCACAGCAGUUUUAAUUUCAGUCAGAUUCAAUUCGCAAUAUUAACCAUGCAGUCAUACUGGUUAAAAUAGUUCGUGCACGGAGUCCAUUUGAACAAUAUUUUUAAGUUAAAAAAUGACAUGGAUAGUGGAAAUUGUGCAAAAUAUCACAUUUUUUUCACUAACUUCUUAGGCUUACAAGACUUCAUCUUAUUUGUCGAUUGCAAGCUCUUAAUGUUUUUGUUUUAUGAGUUUUAAAGGUAAUGUUUAUUAAUUUGCAGAAAUUUGUCAGGUAUUAUGGAAUUUUGAAUUCCAGCGAUGUAAAUUUUAAUUCUUUGUUUUGCCUUCCACCAAUGUCGUUGUCGAGAAUGUUGUUUCCAUUUGGAAGUUGAACUUUAUAUCAUUAAUUUAUAUAUUAAAUCAUAUAUUAAUUUAUCAAAUUAAUUUAGAAAAACUAUUGGUUAAUAUAUUUUGAAAAUUCUUUAAUCGAUAUUACAUAUCUUAUUUAUUGUUUACAAGUUUAAAAGUAUUCAUCUUUUAACAGAUUUCGUCCAUAAUAAGAUUUAGUCAAAGAUUAAGUGCAUUGUGAUAUAUCCCAGGAAACAUGAAUGUAAUAAUGGUUUACAAAGACAUGGGCCGAAUUUCAGGGAGCUCUAAGGCAGCACCUGAUUUACUACAAAAAUUGAUUAAUGCUUUAAAAAUGAUGGAUUAGGCCCCGCAUUGUUUUGGAUAUCACACGAUGUAUAGAGUAAGGAAGGUUCACUGGACAAUGAAAUAUCAUUAGAUGUUUAUUGCGUAUUUACCAAUUCUGUGAUUUUUAGAUGAAUCCGGGCAGUUUGAUCACUCCACACGCACGAGGCCCCCUUCGAUGGAGAAACCAUUGUGCACGCUAUUGCACAAAGCAGCUGCCCUGCGACGGAUUAUUUGAACAAUAGCUAGCACAAUGCUUCUGCCAUUGAAGGGGCCCUUCAUGAUAAAAGUGAAACGCGUGCCUGGAUUGGUCUUUACAGAGCAAAUAUCGACAGCCCAAAAAAGUUGACCAAGAGAUCAGAUAUCUGUUGCAUAUUCACCAAUUCUGUGCUGAUUUUAAACUAAUUUGUUAAACGGAGUUUUUAGCUUGCAGUUUGAUGAAACUGUACUUUGACUCCAUUACUUUUGGUACUAAUGAAGCUAACGAUUAGUCAUAUUAGUCAUUUAUUUAUCAAUAGUAGAGGCCACAGUGUUUUCCCACUAUUUUAAAAGCAAAAAUCUAUUUUUUGAAAAGUAGAUUAUAUUUUUGUACUUUAAGUAAGAUUUCCUGAUCAUAAUUCAGAUUUGAUUGUUAUUAUUAUAUUUAUGUUAAGACUAGAGGUCCAAGGAAAUUACUGGGAAAAGUACACUCCUGUUUCAAAUAAGGUUUGCCAGUGGGUUCAAAUCAUACAUAAUUAAAUCUCUUGGUUGAAAAUAGAGGGUGAAAAUUGUUUAUUUACUAU